UUAACUUUUAACGCCGUUUGGUCUGUGAAAUAAGUGAACCGGAUGUCUGAAUUUUAAAAGGAUAUUUAAAGAACACUACUUAAACUCAGCAUAUGCGUUCAGAGAAUUCUAGGUUGUUUCACGCGUAAACGGUAAACCCUAACCUUAAAUAUUAUUCUAUGUUGUCUCUCUCUCAUUAUCGAUAUUUGAGGCUCUUCUUCUUCAAACCCUUUGAUUGCUUGGGUUGCUUAAAUGGAGGACACUCAAGAAAUAGAGGAUAAAACAUCUGAAGCAAUUUCAGAUAAUGCAUCACAAAAGAAAGAGGAAACUCAUGAUGAAAUGCUUGCUAGACACAGGAAAGAGAUAUCACAGCUGCAGAACAAGGAAAUUGGGCUGAAAAAGGCAGCAGCCAAAGGUAGCAAGGCUGAACAGAAAGCUAAGAAGAAGCAGGUGGAGGAAGAGGUUUCUCAACUUUCUGCUAAGCUUAAAGAAAACCAUACCAAAGAACUUGCCUCAUUAGGCUAUAGUGGCAGUAGUAGAAAUGGAAAAGGCACUAUUGACACUUUGGUGAAAGCAAUAGCUGGGGUUUCUGUUACCAGUCAACCUGACCAAUCAAAGGAUUCAAAGCCCAGUAAGAGUGCAAAGAGGCGAGAAAAAAGAGCUCAGGAAGAAGCAGCAAGAGAGCAAAGAAUCCAAGAAGAGCAGAGCAAUAUUAUAAGUGAUCGAAUGGUUGAAAAUGAGAAACUGGAAAGAAAGCUUGAACCCCUUGGUUUGACUGUUACUGAAAUAAAGCCAGAUGGGCACUGCCUCUACCGAGCUGUUGAGGACCAGUUAGCCCUCCUCUCUGGUGGUUCAUCUCCUUAUACAUACCAAGAGCUUCGAGAAAUGGUGGCUGCUUAUAUGAGGAAACAUGCAUCCAAUUUCAUCCCAUUUUUCCUGUCAGAGAAUGUGUCAGAGGGUGCUUCUGAUAAUUCAGUUACAGAGAGAUUUGAGAAUUACUGCAAAGAAGUGGAGUCAACUGCGGCAUGGGGAGGCCAACUAGAGCUCGGUGCUUUAACUCACUGCCUUAGAAAACAUAUCAUGAUAUUAUCGGGGUCCUUCCCUGAUGUAGAGAUGGGGAAGGAGUACAAAUCCGAUGAUGGGAAUGGUUCAUCGAAUUCAAGUAUCAUGCUAUCAUACCAUAAGCAUGCAUUUGGGCUCGGUGAGCACUAUAAUUCUGUGGUGCCCAAUGUCGUCUAAUAGGUUUCCUUCAAAUUAUGAAUAUAAAAUUAGAUGAAAUAUUAGUGGUACUGAAUUGUAGGACAAUGUGAUCACAAAGACCUCGCAUUCAUGGGAUUGCUGCUUUUAAGUGAAACUACAGAAAAAUUAAUGGAACUUAUAUUGUUGGAAUUUAUUGUUACUCAA